AUGGGGGUUUUUCCUCGAAGAUUUGGUGAAAUCAAAACUUCAAGGUCUUCUGGUAUUGCAAUUCCUUGCAACAAAAGAAAAGGUCUUCUGGAACAGAUUUUUAUAGAAUUUUCUUGGCUUUUGCAUUAUAAAGCAUCACUUAAACAAAACCCUCCCAACACAAAAAUUCCUAAGAACAAAAUGCCCAACCCAAGAAUAGUUGUCCCCAUUAUAGCCUCUUUUGCUGCUUCAGCAAUAUUAAUUUCCAAAAGGAAUAUUUUUUUCAAAAUCUUCUGCAACCUUUCUCAUCAUUUCUCUUCUCAACUCACUCUUGUCAUUGAAGAAUUCUAUUAUCAUGAACUGUUUCUUGCUGUUAAUACUUAUCUGGGCAAGAAAUCGACAGCAUCUGCUCGAAGACUAACCGCAAUCAAGAAAGAGAUCGAGAAAAACAUAGCAAUCGGAAUAGAUAGAAAUGAAGAAAUUUUUGAUGUUUUUGAAGAUAUACAAGUAAGGUGGAAAUUGACUUCUAUAGAAGAUACUGAAGUUAGGUUAAAAUGCUAUAAUUUAACUUUUGACAAGAAACACAAAGACAGAGUGCUAAAUUCAUACUUACCAUACAUUAUGCAGCAAGCAAAGACUAUUGAAGAACAAAACAAGAAAAGAAAGAUCCACAUGCUUUUGGGUUCGACAUGGCAAUCAUCGAUCGAAUUGAACCACCCUAUGACCUUUGACACCAUUAUUAUGGAUACAGAACUUAAGCAAGCAGUAAUGGAUGAUCUAAAAACAUUCAUGGACGCAAAAGAAUACUACAAAAGAAUAGGGAAAGCGAAGAAGCGUGCUUACUUGAUUUACGGUCCUCCUGGAACAGGCAAGUCGAGCUUGAUUGCUGCUAUGGCUAAUUACUUAAAUUACAACAUACAUGAAGUAUAUUUAUCAGAUUUUCGACGCGGUGAGGAUAUAAGGAAUUUGCUGCUUCAUUAUAUCACCCGUUCUGUACUUGUCAUAAAGGGCGUUGAUUCAAAAACAGAAGCUACAGACAACUUGACUGAAGUUGAAAAACAGGCACUACUGUUGAAGCUACUAAGGGUCAUCAACGGACUUUGGUUGCCUCGAGGGAAUGAGCUUAUCAUUGUCAUUAAAAGUAAUGACAGAGAAAUGCUUGAUCCAACACUGUUAAUGCCUGGUCUGAUCGAUAUGCAGAUUCAGACAUCAUAUUGUACAGUUCCUAUGUUCGAGCAGUUUGUCAACCGCUAUUUUCGGGUUUUCUUUCGUAAGGUUCCUGAAGAAAUUGAAGAGCUGCUGGAGAAGGUUAAAGUAACACCUGCUGAAUUUGCAGUAGAGCUAACAAGAAGUUCUGAUUAUGAAGAUUUUCGAAAAAAGCUUUGCCAAAUUCGUUCAGCAGAAAUUGGAAAAAAAAUGAGAAGAUAA